CGCCGUCGUUGAAGGUGCGACAGUGACUCGCUGCCCAGCCUGAAUCAUGUAUGAUUUUGAUCCCUCUUUUGAUUUUUGAAGAGAGCAGCGCAGCUGCCUUGGAAGCUAGUGCAAGCGAUGUUCGUCUGCAGCGUAGCGUAGCACAGAACAUCACCACGCGCGCGUGUGUGCUGCAUGCUUUGUUUCCCUCGUGUGCGCACGCUGCUCAUCCGACUUGCUUGCAAUGCAGCCUUUUAGUUCAAAGUCAAUGGCAUCCAGCACUCUUAGCGGUCCACCUGUCGUGUCUUGCUGCAGUAAAGCGCCCUUCUUCAGACCAGCUUUCACGCAAGAGCGGCACGCACGACGUUGAUGUGCAUGAGAGUGACAAGUGAAGCGUGAAUGAAAGAGUGCAGCGGCAACAAGGAAGGUGUGGAGAGGGGCAAGAGAUGGAUGAUGACGAAGGACGAAAGAGCGACCACGAGUGAGGCGACACAGCAAGAGAAGCUAAACAUCUGUUGUGGGCGCGUUAGGCAUGCUCGCGCUCCAUACGAGUCGCGGAGUUAGGCC